AUAAAGACAUCAUUUGUGUUACAAUUUGUUAUCGAUUUUCAUUCAAAACAUUUGAAUCGACUCUUGUUUUUCAAACAUUUUAAACAACAAUUUAAUUGACGAGUGAUUGCAUUGAAUCAGAAAAUACAUCACAUUUGAGACCAACUGGUGAUCUCUGACAUCACACCACACCUGACAUUAUGCCAAACGAUGAUUUGGGUCUUAAUUUUCUUUACAAAACAAUGAUCGAAAGAGAUCCCAAGAAACGGAAGGUAAAGCCCGUCGAAAGUCUCUUAUUUGCCACAGAUUUGGAUGACAGCGAUGACGAUGAAGAGUACGUACCAAACAACGCACAGGACGACGACGAAGACAUAAAUGACGAUUCCAGUGAUGGGAAGAGUGAUGAUAAUGACGACGAUGACGAAGAUGACAGUGAAGAAGAUUCGGAUUCUCCACGAAAGACUAUUACUGAAUCAAUUGUUGGUCAGGGAACAGCUCUUCAGCACUCGUAUAGUACGACAUCCAUUCGUGUCUGUAGUGUUUGUUUGGGAGAUAUCUCAAGAAGUGAUGAUGAGAUUGUUGAAUGUGAUUCGUGUGGAAUAUCUGUUCACGAAGGAUGUUAUGGUAUUACAUCAGAUGACACCGAAUCUGUUCACUCCAACACAUCUUCAGCCUCAACUGAGCCGUGGUUUUGUGAUCCGUGUAAGGCUUGUGUCUCUAAUCCGUAUUGUGAUUUGUGUCCAAAUUCUGGCGGAAUCUUUAAGGCAACAGAUGUUGGCCGUUGGGUACAUAUGGUGUGCGCUCUAUACACACCUGGAGUGGCAUUUGGAGACGUGACUAAACUAAUUGGUCUAACAUUGUUUGAAUUACCAUAUUCUCGAUGGGGACAUAAAGCCUGUAUUUUAUGCGAAGACGAAAGAUUGAGCCGAACAGGUAUUACCGUUGGCUGUGACGCAGGAAUGUGUAAAUCAUAUUUUCACGUGACAUGUGCUCAACGCGAAGGUCUUCUUUCAGAAAGUCAUUCAGUUGAAGACGUGGAUCCGUUUAUUGCUUAUUGUAAACUACAUGCCGAUCGGUCGACUGUCAAAAGUAAACGACGCAAUUGGUUGGCACUUCAGUCCAAGUUUAAGGCAUCACUUAAUGUUAUCACAAAUGAAAGAAUUAAGAAUAAACUGAAUUUUCAAAGAAAAAAGUUUAAAGAAAAUUACAAUGAAUUAGAGGGAAAAGUUUGGGUUCCAACUCAGAAAAUACCACGAAGUUUGCAAACCUGUCCAUCAGCUAUGAAAAGACUGAUCAGAAAAGCAGAAUUACUUGGUUUGAGUCCUCAAACGCAUAUAUUAUCCAAUGAAGUGUUAGAUAUCCGUCGCAAAUGGCAUGUGGCGCCCGCCUUCUCACUUGAAUUCAUUAGCUAUUAUAUCGAUCGAAAUAACAGAAUGUCUUCACUUCAUAAACGAUCCGAAGAACUGGUGUCUCAGAAUACACAGCUUAAAGAGGCGGAGAAGACCACACGUGUUGCUUAUGAAAAGUGCGUACAAGAAAUGGAUCAAAUUAAAGAAGAAGCUGAUGAUCUAAGAAAUAAGUCGAAGACUUAUAUUGAUUUAUUGAACCAAUUAUCGAAUCAAAGCUUACAAUUACCAAAGAUAUUGGAAGUAAUAGAAACCAACAGAAAAGAUAAAUCAUCUUUAGAUGAUUCGAAGUCAAAACAAUGUUCUGUAAUCAAAAUAGUUGAAUGUGGUAUUUGUCAUCAAACUAAAGAUCAGCAUCAGUUGGCUUUAUGUGAUUCAUGUAAACUCUAUUAUCAUUUGUAUUGUUUGGAUCCACCACUAACUCGAAUGCCCAAAAAGACACGAUUCGGUGGCUGGCAGUGCUCGGAAUGUACAGAACAAGAACUGGAAUCACAAGAAAGUGAUAACGAAGCCAGCAAUCAAUCGACAACUGAUGCACCGCGAAGACUACGAGAACAUGUGAAAGGACCGAAUAAGUUUGAACCCGACGCAGGAUAUUCACCACUACCUAGUCUUUCAUUAUCAACACAAUCCGGUAAAAGGAAAAGGGCUUCAAAAUCGAGUAAAAAGAAAAAGAAAAAAUCUAUUAUUGAAAACACUUCUAAAAGCAAUUCGUCGGAAUCAUACACUAAAACAAUGACAAACACUCGCAAACAAAAGGAAAAUGAAGWKGAAAUGUGUUUUGAAUGCAAUCAAUCAGCCAUUACUCGGGAAAGGGUUCAAUGUGAUAAUUGUCACAAUAACUACCAUUUGAAAUGUUUGGAUCCACCGAUGAAAAAGACACCCAAACAACGGGGUUAUACGUGGUUUUGUCAUCACUGCAACCAAUCGGUGAGUCAAAGAAAUCAUAUUACGGAUAAUGAAGAUGACGAUGAAGAUGAUGAAGAAGAAGAAGAUAAUGAUGAGGAGGACGAAGAAGAAAAUGAAGAUGAGGAUGAAGAGGCAGAGGGAGAUGUCGAAGAUAAUGGUUUGGAAGAUAACGACACGGAUUAAGUAGAGAAUGAAAAAUAUAUUUUAUUAAAAAUGUUAUUUUGAUUGAAUUACGUGUUUGUAAUAGAAAUUCUUUGAAGAAAUAGUAGACAAUUAUAAGAUUUU